AUGAAUGGUUAUUCCAAAACCAGAUACUCGAACACCAUAGAUUCGUCAUCUCUUCUUUCUUCCCCUCAAGAAAUCCACAAACCCAAUCUCAACACUAGCCCAAAUCACAGUUUGGAAUCAGGGAUUAAAACCCAUGAUUUCUCUUCAGAUUUGGAGGAUGAAAAUGCCAUUAGAAAGAAGUUUGGUGCAUUGAAAUUGAACAGAAACGGUUCAAUUUCUUCAUUCCAACUGGGCUCAAAAACAGAAAGUUUACAAUCUGCAGUGAAAAGGGCUUUCUCAUUGAGAAGAUCUUCAUCUAUUUCAGAAAGAUAUUGCAGGAUCCAUGACCAGUAUGUUGCACUAGCUUCUCCACUUGAUGAUGACCUUGAAUCUGUCAGUAACAGUAAGAAAAAGAAAAACAGUGGUGGCAAGAUCUUGAAGGCCUGUAAGCGCUUUUUUGGACUCUAG